AUGAAGUCCAUUAUUUCUCCAGUCGUGCUAGCUAGUGUGUCCUUGGCCCAGAAUUCUAUCAUCGGCCUUCCUACCACCGGUUAUACAGUGACCAAAGGUAGCAACGUGACCGUCCAGGUUCAACGCCUUAACUCCUUGACUGGCUCUACCGAGAUUGCUGUUGUAAUUGGGGUUUCCUCCUGUGCAUCUAUUGCUUGUCGACCAGCAGGCGAGGUCAUGGGUACUAUUCUUUACCAGGGCCCUUUCGACCCGCAGCACCACGAAUCGAGCCAGCCUCCCUAUCAGAACUUUACGGUCACACUUCCUAACUUGAUCGCAGCUGGUAAUGCACAAAUCAAUGUUGCCCGUGCGGCUCUUGUCGGAGCUGGGCAUUUCCCCUACUUGGAGACUCUGAACCGUACUGUGGUGGUAGUCUAA